AUGAGAACGGCUGCCAUCUUUGCUGCUGCCAUUGCCUUUGUGGCACCCGUCCUGGCUCAGUCUGACGCCGCUUCCGUUCUUUCCAGUCUGCCCACCUGCGGUCAAACCUGUAUCCUGAGCGGCAUUUCUGCCACCGGCUGCUCUCCUACCGACUCCGCCUGCUUGUGUUCCAACACUGCCUACCAGUCCGGUGUUGCUUCCUGCGUGACCUCAAGCUGCAGUUCCAAGGACGCAGCAAAGGUCGCUGCUGCCGCGAGCUCUCUCUGUCCCAACGGCACGGGCGCCCAAGCUGCCGGUGGCUCAUCUGCUGCUUCCAGCGCUGCUCCUUCUUCCUCGGCCGCUUCUUCCAGCGCUGCUGCAAAGAUGUCCUCUUCAUCGGCUGUUGCUGCCACUGGUAGUUCAUCGAUGAUGCAGGCUUCCUCGAUGGCUGGUUCCGCUACUAGCGCUGCUGCCUCUGCUACUUCUUCUCACCCUGCUGUCUACACUGGCGCUGCAUCGAACGUUGGCGCCGGCCUCGGUUUCCUUGCUAUGUUGGGUGUUGCUGCUGCUCUG